AGCCGUUUAGGAUCGAGGUCGCUUUAGCAGGCCCUUUCUUCUUCAGCUUGGGGGCAGCGCCCAACCUGCAGGUAUUCUCUCCGCGCCGCAGUCGUUCCUGCUGCCCCCCGGCACAAGAUGCCCGACUUGCCCGCGGGCUCGGUCUUGCGCGCCGCGGCGGCGUACCACCGCUGGCCAGCCCUGUUGGCACCGCCAGGGGUCCGGGCAGGCGUCCCCGCUGGCCGGCCUGCAGCUUCCCCUAGCUGCCCCACUGACAUGCCAAAGUGCCCCGCGACCGUGCCAGUGCCCGCGAGUGCACCGAUGGCUGCCGACCAGGCCAGCUGCCGCAAGGGCACGCCGACGACGUGCCGCGCGGGGCUGCCAGGCCAGCCUGCAGGCCCGCCGCCUACCGCGGCGGCAGCCCAGGCAGACUGCCAGAGGGCGUGUGCGUGCCGUGCGGGCGAGCACUGCGCGGAGCGAGUGCGCAGGGGGCCGCCCGAGGGCGCGAGCUCGCUCGGCUGCGAUUCGAGCGGAGCCAACCAGGCGGGCACCAUUGGGAGCUGCUUGCAGUCGCUGUGUCGCGAGGACUCCAGGCACGUGUUCGUCGUGCGGCGGGUGAACACCCUCGGCUUCGAGGCCCCAGGGGCUCUGGCGCUGCACUUCUCUGCCUUUGGGCGGGUCAGGAGGGUGCUGGCCACGCAGUCAAAGGUGGCGGCUCAGAGUGGCAGAUCUCGCAUCCGGCCCGGGGGCAUCGCCUACGUUGUCAUGGCGGACGCCGAGAGCGUGGGGCGCAUCUUGCAGACGGGCCCACAGCAGACGGUCGCCUCGAGGAUCAUCUCCGUGGAGCCCUAUGCGCCCCUUGGCGGCGCCUCGGCCGACGCCGCGCGCGGUGGCAGCACCUCGGCCGUGGCAGGCUGCGCCGGCUCAGGCCCGCGCAUGCUCGGCACGGGGGGGCACCCGCGCAUGCUCCCAGAUGCGAUCGCUGGGGGGUGACCUGCUGGCGCUGAGGGGGAGGUGAUCCCACACCCCGGGGCCCGAAGCCAUGGGGGCGCAGCCGGCCGUUGGCCCCUUCGCCAGGAGGAGGCGUGUCGCCGGCUCCACGCCUCCAAGGCGGCGCGGUGCGCAGAGCGGGAGAUCAGCGCACUGCGUUCGCCAGGUGUUCGCGUCAAGUUCCGCCUCCGUGCCAAUGUGGCACCUUCUGCGGCGACGCCUCUGUGCACAUCCUGCGAACCUAUCAGGCCUGUCACCACGUCUCGAUGCCCGUCCUCCUCUCUUUUCCUCUGUGCACAUCCGCGCGGCUCGGCGGGUCUUAGCUGCCUAUGGCUUGUGCGACCAUGCCAGUGCAUGUGAGCCCGCCAGCCUUCUCUUGGAGGCACCUUUGACAAAAUCGACUCCAGCGCCUGCUAGGACAGGGCUUUAUAUAAUCAAGUAGGAACGAGGUCGCUGUGUUCCUUCAGGAGCGCGUCGCAGUUUUUGGCUCUGCGUUCUUGCCUCGGUAGCACCCCAGACGUCUUUCUCUGGACUGACGCUGUAGCUCCUGAGAGCCUUAAGUUUUGCAGCUUGUUACAUCAAAAACGUUUCUGGGAUCUCGUCAGCUCGUGAAACCAGACGUCGUGUACAGCGUUUCCGACUUGCGAGAGCUCUUUGGUUGCCAAUCGACUUUUCUUUAACUUUUUAGCAGGCACUCCGAGACUUCGAUUAGGUGUCGGGCGAUGGACGGGGCGUUUCCGUGCUCUUGCCCUUUGUCCAUGCGGUUGUUGGCCACAGUUUUUGGACGGAAGGAGCCUUGCACGGCAGGAGGUCUGUACAGAGGUUGCCAUUGCCAACGUGCACCAGGGUGCCAUUUGCGUGAGUUCCAUCCUGCGUUUCCUCAGGAUCAAGUUUUUGAUCAGUGAGGCAGCUCGGUCGAUCGAGCCGGCCUGGUCAGGAAUGGUGGAAGGGGUGCACUGCCUUCACCGCCUCGACGACCACCGUCUCGGUAGUCACAACACAUGUAGUAAUGCAGCUCUGCAGCCAGAUGCAUAGCGCACAACUUUGUUAAAAUGGCCCGAUGGGUGAUGGAUAUGGUGACGCUUCCUUGGGGGGACUUGGAGGGUGGGCCUAAUCUUGCUUCGCAUGCUGCGUGCGCGUGCUAACAGACCCAGCUGGCCGGCACAGCUCAUGAGUAGGGGUUUGCCAGCUGUCGCGCACACAGACCGUGCCUGGAUGUGCGCGAGGGGAUAAAAACAGGGAAGGACGACAGGCAACCUCUCAACCAAGGCAGCCGCGGGAAGCGCGGGACGACGACGCCGCCGCCGACGACGACGACAGGAGUCAAUGUGAAGACCUUUGUGAUCUGUCGCUCCCCUUGGGGUCAUCGUGG